CUCCGUCUUCUCUGCACUAGGAGCAGCUUUCCUGCCACAGCCCCUCAUCCCCUGAAAAUGUACACGUGCACCAAGUUUAUCUCCCCACCUUCCAUGGUCAGGAGCACCUCUCAGCUGCUGAGCCAUCCAUUGUCUACAGUGGCGCUGAAACCAGAGAUACUGACAGGUGAGAACUUCAGGUGCUUGACAGACCCACAUUCCUUGGUUUCGUUUACUUCUAGUCACAGCUUCCAAACCAGCACCAUCUCAAGAGAUACCGAAACAGCAGCCAUGUUUAUUGGGGCUGGGGCUGCCACAGCUGGAAUGGCUGGUGGUGGAGCUGGUAUUGGGGCUGUGUUUAGGAGCCUCAUCAUUGAUAACGCCAGGAAUUCUCUGAAGCAGCAGUUCUUUUCCUACGUCAUUCUGGGCUCUGUCCUCUCAGAGGCCUUGGGGCUCUUUUGCCUGAUGUUUGCCUUUCUGAUCCUCUUCAUAGAAACCAUGCAGCUAAUUGAAAUGAUAUCAAUAGACUUUGUCUCUUCACGUAAACUUGUCAUCUACAUGGAUGAAGAGACAGAAGCCAUUAAAAGAAAUACCUUGAGAAUCCCCUAA